UUAAUGAUUAAACUCUGUGUGUGUGUGUGUAGGUUCACGUGGGUCGAAGUUCACUUAGAGACAUCUAAAGAAAUGGGUGAGGAAAGACUUACAGCAGAACAAACAGAAACAUGUCAGAAAACAGCGUCCAAACCAUCGGAAUACUGUGGUAAACUGCUCCGCUACAAACCACAUGGCUUUUCUGCUUCCGUCAUUACUAAAGCUCUGCUGGGGCUGCUGGUGUUCGGGGUGGUCUGGGCCGUGACGGGACCUGCGUGUCUUCCGGGACAGAACCUCUUCGGCCUGGUGAUUCUGUUCCUGUCGGCCGUGUGUGGAGGAAAACUCAUCAGUGUCUUCAGAUUACCCAGAAGCCCUCCAGUACCAGCUCUACUGGGGAUGCUGCUGGCCGGUGUGGUGUUGCGUAAUGUGCCGUACGUCACAGACGCGGUGUAUAUUGAUCAGAACUGGUCUGCAGCUUUAAGGAACGUGUCUCUUGCCGUGAUCCUCACCAGAGCUGGUCUGGGACUCAACGCUGCUGCCCUGCGGCGUCUGAAGGCGGUGUGUGUGAGGGUUGCUGUUGGCCCGUGUCUUACAGAGGCAUGUACGGUGGCUGUAGUGGCUCAUUUUCUGCUGGGAUUGCCCUGGAUAUGGAGCUUCAUGCUCGGUUUCGUUCUGGCCGCUGUGUCUCCGGCUGUGGUGGUUCCGUCCAUGUUGCUCCUGCAGUCGGAAGGAUUCGGGGUUCAGAAAGGAGUUCCCACACUUCUGAUGGCUGCUGGGAGCUUCGACGACAUCCUCGCCAUCACUGGAUUCACCACAUGCCUGGGCAUCGCCUUCGGGACUGGGUCCACGUUGAUGAAUGUAGGUAAAGGAAUUCUGGAGGUGCUGGCAGGAGUUCUAGCAGGAGGAGUCAUGGGACUUCUGCUCCAUUUCCUACCCAGCGAGGAUCAGUCAGAUGUGCUGCUGCGGCGCUGCGCUCUGCUGCUGGCUCUGUCUGUGUUCAGUGUUUUCGGGAGUCUGGCCGCAGGUCUGGGCGGCGCUGGUGGGCUCUGUACACUCAUCCUGGCCUUCAUCGCUGGACUCAGCUGGGCAGAACAAAAGGCUCCAGUGGCGGCGGUGGUGGGCCGGAUCUGGGACAUCUUUCAGCCGCUCUUGUUUGGUCUGAUUGGAGCAGAAAUCAACAUCUCGUCUCUCAGCGCUUAUACUGUCGGUCUGGGGGUCUCCACUCUGUGUGUGGGGUUGCUGGUCCGUGUUGUGGUGACGUUCUGUAUGGUUCUGUUUGCUGGUUUUAAUAUGAAGGAGAAGAUCUUUAUAUCUCUGGCCUGGAUGCCCAAAGCCACUGUACAAGCGGCUAUCGGCUCCUCGGCGCUGGACAUGGCUCGCAGUGCUGGAGACGAGCAGCUACAGGUUUAUGGCUUGGAUCUUCUGACUGUGGCAGUGCUAGCGAUUCUCAUCACGGCUCCGAUCGGAGCGCUCUCCAUCGGCCUCAGCGGACCCCAACUACUGCAGCAGGACACACACACACUGGGUGGGCAACACACACACACAC